AUGACUGAUGAGCCGGCAAUGUCAAAGUCAUCAAUGGAGUGUAGCAUAUGCCUUGAAAGUUUCUGCGAGGGAGACGAGCUUAUAUGUCUACCCUGUGGGCAUAGGUUUCAUCUUUGCUGUUUGGAUCCCUGGAUCCGCACUUGCGGAGACUGCCCGUGCUGUCGUAGACGUGUAAAUGUAACUACAGACAAAGUCAAAGAAAGACAGUGGAGCAGGUUCGACAUUGCAGAAGAUUUCUGGGAGCUUUGUUUUUGGAAUUGCUUCGCUCUACUUCCUCUUGUAGAUCUUUUUUUCUCUUCAUAUUUACUUCUGAAUCCUGCCUAUGUCUUAUUAUUAUGGACUUUUUUACUUGCGCUCGAUGGUGCAUUGAUUUGGAUUCUUUUGUUGGGACUUUUGUACUGA